CUUAACCAUCCGAGGCAGCGAGCGGAGCUCCCGUCAGCAGCCUGGAAAGUGCAACAAAAUGAAAGCUGUCGGUUAACUUUGCUUUUUGAUUCCCGCGCGGACACGGAGAUACUCUGUCGGACAAACCGUCGUCGUGUCAUUUUGCUGCCUGGAAAGAUCCGCGGGCUGAACGGACAACCGUCGGGCCUCGUCGUCGUGGCCCAGCAGGACUCGAGUGAAGUUGGGAGCGGACUGCCAAACUUCUGCUUCCUCCAGCGGCUCUCCGCGGGGCCCGGGGCUCCUGUCACCGGCCCUGUGGAGGAGAAAGUGACCACAAACCGAACCGACCACCAGGAGAAAGGAAUCCCUUUGAUGGGAGAAUCCUCUUUCCUGGCCUCCUGGGUCAAUCGCCGUGCCACAAUGAUGGAUGAGCAGGAGGCGCUGAACUCGAUCAUGCAGGACUUGGCCGAACUGCACCGCUCCAGCCGUCCUGCCAUGUUCCUGUCGGACCUGACCAAAGCCUCCUCACCCAAGAACCAGAACGACGUCAGAGUCAAGUUCGAGUUCAAAGGGGAGAAGAGGAUCUUGCAGUUCCCUCGACCCGUCAAGCUGGACGACCUGAAGGCGAAAGCUAAGGUGGCUUUCGGUCAGACGAUGGACCUUCACUACACCAACAACGAGUUGGUGAUUCCACUGACGACUCAGGACGACCUGGACAAGGCCGUGGAGCUGCUGGAUCGCAGCGUUCACAUGAAGAGCCUGAAGAUCCUCCUGGUGCUCCAGAGCUCCUCUCAGAACUCUUCCUCCAACAUGGACCUGCUGCCGUCCCACGAGGAGCUGGACAACACGGGAUUCAGGGUCGCUGACAAGAAGAGUAUGCUGGCUUUGAUAGGCUCCCAUUCGACGGACCGCAGCUCCCCUCCUCCAGGAUACAUUCCUGACGCGCUCCAGCAGGUGGCGAGGAACGGCUCCUUCACCAGCAUCAACAGCGAGGGGGAGUUCAUCCCUGAGAGCAUGGACCAGAUGCUGGACCCGCUGUCCAUGAGCAGUCCAGAAAACUCUGCAUCCGGAAGUUGUCCUUCUUUAGACAGCCCACUGGACAGUGACUACCCAAAAUCCAGGAUGCCCCGAGCACAGAGCUACCCCGACAACCACCAGGACUUUCCAGAGUACGACAUCCCAGUGUUUGAGAAGUCGGGCAAAGGUGGAACGUACCCUCGACGAUACGGCAUUCCCUUCGGCCUUCAGGAUUACAGCGACGGGAGGAAGACCUUCCCUCGGGCCCGGCGAACACAGGUCCACGGCUUCCGCUCGCCGGUCAGCUUCAGCCCGACGGAGCAGUCGCCCAGCACCAGCAGCGGCAGCAGCGUCUUCACCCCGGACCUGGAGGAGGCCCCAGGCCCCGCCAGGAGGCCACGGAGGGGCAGUGACAUUGAACCCAACCCCAACCCGACCACGGCGCCGACGCUGUCUGUGAUGGACAUCAGCCCGCCUAGCCGCUCCCCACGCGCCCCGACAAACUGGCGGCUGGGGAAGCUCCUGGGUCAGGGCGCCUUCGGACGGGUGUUUCUCUGUUAUGAUGCCGAUACUGGGCGGGAACUGGCGGUCAAACAGGUCCAGUUUGACCCGGAAAGUCCAGAGACCAGCAAGGAGGUGAGCGCGUUGGAGUGUGAAAUCCAGCUCCUGAAGAAUCUGUGCAACGAGCGGAUCGUCCAGUACUACGGCUGUCUGAGAGACACCAUGGAGCGGACGCUCUCCAUCUUCAUGGAGUACAUGCCCGGGGGCUCCAUUAAGGACCAGCUGAAGUCGUACGGAGCGCUGACGGAAAACGUGACGCGCCGCUACACCCGGCAGAUCCUGGAGGGAGUUUCCUACCUGCACAGCAACAUGAUCGUCCACAGAGACAUCAAAGGGGCCAACAUCCUUCGUGACUCGGUGGGUAACGUGAAGCUGGGAGACUUCGGGGCCAGCCGGCGGCUUCAGACCAUCUGUCUGUCAGGAACAGGCAUCAUGUCUGUGACCGGCACGCCGUACUGGAUGAGCCCAGAAGUGAUCAGUGGAGAGGGCUACGGCAGGAAGGCCGACAUCUGGAGUGUCGGCUGCACCGUAGUGGAGAUGCUGACGCAGCGACCCCCGUGGGCGGAGUUCGAGGCCAUGGCAGCCAUCUUUAAGAUCGCCACCCAGCCCACCAACCCCGUGCUGCCCGCCCACGUGUCGGACCACUGCCGAGAGUUCCUCAAACGGAUCUUUGUAGAGACGAAGCAGCGGCCGUCUGCCGAUGAGCUACUGAGGCACAUCUUUGUACAUUAACCCCUGAACCUUUAACCCCCUCCACCCCCCCGCCUGCCUGCCGAACUGCCAGAUACGGCCUUACCUGACGGGGCGUCCUUGUCUCUGACCCCGCCCCCUCCACCUCCACGCUGAAACCAUACUGGACCAGGAGGAAGAGGCUGGAAGAAGGUGGGGUGUGGCGGCGGGGAGGAGGGGGCGUGUACCUGCUCCUCCUGUCUCUGUUUGUAUGAGACUGCCAUAGAGGACAUGGGUUUUUAUUUUGUUUUUCUCCGCAAGUUGCACCUUAAUUUGUCGAACCCGCCGGGGUGGAGCACUUCCUCCUGACUCUUUGGAACCUUUUUCAUGUUUGUACGGUUUCUCUCUUCAAACGUUUUGGAGUGGGAUAGCGUCGGUGUUGUGGACCUACAGGAGGUGAUGCCUGGCUCUCGAGUGGCCCCGCCCCCCCAUCUCGCUGACCCGACCCCAGAAUGUAGUCUCCUGCCAAAACCCAGAGCGAUGGUGAUGACCUGGGCCCGCUGCUAUAGACGAAACUAAACCCCCCUCGACGCAGAGAACACUCCCCGAAAACAGUUUCCGCUCACCUGCCUUCAUCCCUCGUCCUCUUCCUCUCUGAUGUUUUGUCUCUCUGCUUCACUGUCUGUAAUCUACCUUCCCUCCUCUUCAUCUUCGUUCUUCGCCUUGUGCCUUUUCUGUUUUUUAAACGCAGUGUAGGAGUGACGUCAUGGAUAACCUCCGUCGUUCUCAAAGGUUUCUCAGUGUUGUUUUGCCUCCCGGAUAAACUGCCUUCGCACCGUUAGCCCAAAUCCAGCUGAUCUCACUUCAGCUGUAACGUCCGUUUCUGCCUUUUCUGUAACGGGGACUCGUGGUGUCGAUCAGGGAGCGCCCUGAUCCCACCUGCUCUACCUGCCUGCUCCGGCUGGUAACCAAAUAUCCUUCAGACUCUGUUUGUAAAACUUGCCGUGCUGGAUUAAUAAUGAAACGUUGCUGGUGAAUUCUGGGACGUACCAGCGAACUGGUACUCGGACAAGGAUCGGUACUCCUGCUUUUUCUCUUCAAACGCCCCCGUCUCUCCUCGGCUUCGAUAAGUAUUCACUCAUCGGCUGGGUCGAGCUGUUGUCAUGGCAGAUCAGAGGUGGAUGAGCUGUUGGUAUAUUAACUGCUACAUGAACUCGCUGGCAUUUAUUAACCUAAAUAAAAUACAGGCUAGAUUAGAUCUAAAACUAUAAGUAGGUCAGUUGAUUGUACGGCUGAGUAUCGUUUAAAAAGUUAUGAUACCAGCGCCCUUAAAGUGAAAGGAAUACCUCACUCGAUGCAAAGUGGUGUGAAGUAUGGCCAUAAACAUUUCCCUGGCAUCUCGGCACACUGAACUGCAGACUCUGUCAGAACAACACAGAUUGUAUGGGAGUGUGAGCGCCGCACCAGGGACACUUGUGAGAAUCCGCCCUUAUGCACACAGUGACAGGAUAUCAGAGAAUUCAUGGCGACGAAGGCUGACCGUCACGUUGCCUGUGUCUGUGUCUCUCACAGCACAAAGACCACAGCCGACCGCCAACAACUACGUACGUUUGGCAUCUGCGUGAGAGGAAAUAAUUCUCCACAGCAGCAGGUGGCGGUCGUCUGUAUUCAUCUUUCAAAAGGGGAAACCGGAAGACUGAUAGGACAGAUUGCGCCUUAGGUUUGAGACGCAGCUACAGUCUGUGUUCGGCAGCCUUUAGUGUUGAUAGACUCAUGACGUGUAACCAAUGAGAUAACCAGUAGUAGAUAGUUGAUUUAUUUUAUAAGCUAUCGGAUUAUGAACAAAGGAUUCGGAUGAUCAUGAAAAUGUUGAAUAUCGUGGCCGAUCAUCGGCUUGGUGUGUCAAGGCUCUUAGUAUCACAUGGCUAACAUUAUCUGACGACUUUCGGUGCUGGUCUGUGUUUAUUUAGACUGUUUAAUAGUUCGGUGUUGGAUGUUAGCCGCUGCUACUGUGUUAGCUCGUUAGCAAAGUGGGAGGACAAUGCCUCCAGAGAUGGCAGCAACAGAAAGUUCGCUGAUCAUGAGGGGCAUCGGGAUGAUCCGGGAAUCCAGGUAUCAUUUUAGCGGAGACGUUCGGAUAAAGACUGGGUAUAUGGGUCGAUACGUUAAAGGUUUGGAGCACUGAUACGGAGCCUCCGUCUCUGACUGUUUUAUUUUAUUAAUCCAGAAAAUGAUCAAUGAAAGCGAUCGAUAGUUGCAGCCCUGAUAUCAGCGAUAUGAUUAUUCCAGUCAGGAAAUAUCUUCUCAAGGAAAGAGGCUAAGAAUCUGACUGCCCUGGAGGUUUUGUAGGUCUGCCAUGACAUCACUCUUUCCCUCGGAGCAGGAGGGAGGCGCCAUUGCAAGGCGAGAAGCUCACAGCUGAUUGGCCAGAGGUUCUGGCUGCAUGACGCUGUUGUCGGUUGUAUUUCAGACUAGCGGGUGGAUUGAUGCACCCGGACAUUUCUAUCUGCUCGUCAUUUCACCCACAGGUACAUUUACAGGUAACUUCAUUUCCUCUGCUGCAGUCGGUACCUGUGUUCCUUCAGCCAAGGCUUCACUGUGCCAUAUCCCAGUGCUCUUGUUGUUGUUUGUUGUUGUUUAUUUACAUGCACUCCGACAGAUUUGACUCACACUCGAAGACGUUUACAGUAUCUCACAGCUUUUGUUCCUUCACAGCGAUCGGCGCAGCCAAAUCAGAUAUUAACUCGUCACUUUAGCCAAACCACAAACACUCCGUUCAACAUGUGUCGCUCUGCGUUUCCUCCCCGGGGCCGAGCUUCCAUUGUGACGUCUGUCUGUUGAGUACGACUCGCUGUUCAUAGCACUGGCUCCAUAACUAUGCACCAGUAAGAUGUUCGUCGGCUUCUGCAACCAGCGACUCCUCGGCUGAUGUUAGAGCAGCGACACGCACUGAUGACUCUGAUUAACCUGUUCGAUACUCGUCAACAUGAUCAAUCACAGAUCAAACAGACGUCAAGACUUUAACAGACGGUACCGAACACUUUGCUGUCGGAUGUACGAAGCUAAAAUCUGACAGGAAGUUGUGUUUCUGCUUUUUAAAGGUGCAGUCAGUAAAGUUUUAACGGCACAAUUUAAUCCGUAAUAUCAGUUGCUUUGUUAUGAGUCGCUCUGAACUGUUGUCUCAGCUGGCGUCACCUCACGUGAUUCGAUCACUGCUCGAUAUCAUGGAUGUUCCUUGCGACUAAUUUCUCUGCCGUUUUAAAAAGAAGUUUAAAUUUAGACUAGUAGGACAGAUAUGGCUUGAAGGGAGAGUAAAGCGGGAUUUAUACUUGUUUGUCUGCUCUCUGCAUUCGUCCUAAGGUCAACUGAUGUGCACUUUGGUUCAAAUAGAGCACUUUUUUAAAAAUGGAAAUUCCUGUCUCUUUUUGUAGUUCCCUGCAGCGGCCACCAGAUGGUAGUAAAGAACCAUAUUUUACUGAUUGCACCUUUUUUAAAGCACUCAUCAGGUCUUUACUGAUUCAUGAAGGUCGGUUUGAUCGUGAUUUAAUGUCUCACAGAACUCGUGAUUUCCUCUCAAGGUACUCGUUAGAUUUAUUGUAAAGAUUCGUCAUGUCGUGCGUCAGCGAUCAGCCGAUGGAUCCUCGCAGGAUGUGGAAACUGACACAAACUCCUCCACUUGAUUUAUGCAUUCUCAGAACGGUACGCAUCCACACGAAGCUGCAGAAAAGACGACAUUUUAGAUUUUUUGCAAACAUUAGUGGUUGUAUUGAGUUCGAGGCGGCCGGCAGCAAACUGUCGCAAACGCCGCCAGCACUGGUUAAACCUUGAUACGCACUACCAUUAUGCACUAUCUUUGAUUCACUGAUGCUUUCCCACGACUCCUCGCCGGAUGCCGCGCGGCGCAGCUCCGUUCAGCGACCUUUUCUUUGCACAUUUUAAAGACGAUUUUUUUAUUUUUACACAAGUGUGACUGUGAGCGUGUGUGUGUGUGUGUGUGUGUGUGUGUGUGGAAGCAAAGACUCAACACAUGAAUGUAACGUCUCUCUUUUUCACCGCCAGAUGGCCUCGUUCACCGCCGCGGAUGAACUCCUCGGUACCAGUAUUUGUCACCUGCAGACGCCAAGAUACACCUGUAGUUCUCUCUCUAGUGUCUAAAGCCACUGCUGCCACUCCUGUGUGUAAGUGUGUGUGAGAGUGUGUGUGUGUGAGUUUGUGAACGUGCAUUUACUGCAAUUUGUGCUCUUUGGACACUGCGCCCGAAAUGCCUUGAGCAUUCUGACUGUAGGAGGGGAGAACAUUAAAAUAAUAAUUAAAAAUAAAUAAAAAACUGUACAAAUGUAUAAAAUGAGAAAUGUACCCUUUUUUAAAAAAAGACCAGUCCACUUAUAUCCCACCUGUUUGGUCUGUGUGUAUUGUAAAAGAAGCCAUGUUUAUAAUUCUAAUUGGUUUGUGACCAAUACGCCUGUUUAUAUCAGAUCUGUAUAUCAGUGGUACGCAUAAUUUUUUAAUAUAUAUUUUUUAUUUUUCUUUUUUUUAAAUGGGAGAUUUUAUGCAUGGUUGGGUCCUGAGAGACGCAGCGGUGCCGUCGAAUGGUUGCUGUUUUUUGGCAAAAUUCUCUGGAGUAUUGCGACAGCUCUGUGUUCAUAAUUACGACAAUUAUGACAAUGAAAAACAAUAAAAGAUAUUUAUUUCACUUUG